AUGGAGGAAGAUCCACCACAACCAAGAGAAUCUGUCUCUCUCACACCCAUGGCCAAUGGUCUGGAGAACAUGGGCGCUGAGAGAAGCCUACAGCCAGUCACAAGAACAAGACACCUCUGUAGGGAGCACGCACAACUGUUUCAAUGGAUCCUCAAAGGCCUGCUCUGCACCGGUCUCCUUGGAUCUAUGUGGAUCCCUUCCACUUGCCUGCCUCUAACUUGGGUUUUAUGCUUUCUUUCCUGGAAGGUUUUGCCGAUCAUUAUUUUCUUCAGCUGUGUCAUGUCGGUUCUCUACUAUGUGGGCCUCAUGCAGUGGGUGAUCCUGAAGAUUGCUUGGCUGAUGCAGGUCACUAUGGGCACUACAGCCACUGAGACCCUGAGUGUGGCUGGGAACAUCUUUGUAAGCCAGACUGAGGCGCCUCUCCUGAUCCGGCCCUACUUGGCAGAUAUGACGCUUUCUGAGGUUCACGUCGUCAUGACUGGAGGCUACGCCACCAUCGCUGGCAGCCUGCUGGGUGCCUACAUCUCCUUUGGGAUCGAUGCGGCCUCCUUGAUUGCUGCAUCUGUGAUGGCUGCUCCUUGUGCUCUGGCCCUCUCCAAGCUGGUCUACCCGGAGGUGGAGGAGUCCAAGUUUAGAAGUGAGGAAGGGGUGAAACUGACCUAUGGAGACGCACAGAACCUCUUAGAAGCAGCCAGCAGCGGGGCCGCCAUGUCGGUGAAGGUCGUUGCCAACAUCGCAGCCAAUCUGAUUGCAUUCCUGGCGGUGUUGGCCUUCAUCAACGCUGCUCUCGCCUGGCUGGGGGACAUGGUGGAUAUCCAGGGGCUUAGCUUCCAGCUCAUCUGUUCCUACAUCCUGCGGCCUGUGGCCUUCAUAAUGGGUGUCACCUGGGACGACUGCUCCGUGGUGGCAGAACUGCUGGGGAUGAAGCUGUUUCUGAAUGAGUUUGUGGCCUACCAGGAACUCUCCAAGUACAAGCAACGCCGUCUCGAUGGGGUUGAGGAAUGGAUCGGCGACAGGAAGCAGUGGAUCUCUGUCCGAGCAGAAAUCCUCACGACGAUUGCACUCUGUGGAUUUGCCAAUUUACGCAACAUUGGAAUCAUGUUGGGAGGCCUGACCUCCAUGGUCCCUAAGCGGAAGGGUGAAUUCUCCCAGAUGGUGUUCCGGGCCCACUUCACUGGAGCCUGUGUGUCACUGGUGAAUGCCUGUGUGGCAGGGAUUCUCUAUGUGCCCAGGGGGGCUACGGUGGACUGUGUGUCCCUUCUGAACACCACUCUCAGUAGCACUAGCUUCGAAGUGUACCAGUGCUGCCGUGAGCUCUUCCAGAGCACCAGCUCCAAUUCCAGUGCCGAGGCUCUGAGCAACUGCUGCCGAUUUUACAACCACGCAAUCUGUGCAUAG